AGCAGCCACCGGCGGACUUCGGGAAACGUCUUGGAGGAGAAAACACUCGCUGAGGACGAAGACUAAGCCGGAGGCUGAUGUCCUGUACCUAGGACAGAUGACCAUGGUGGGUGAACAUCGUAAUGGGAACCUUCUCAUCCAGCUUGGCCCCACACUACAGGCAUAUCCUGAGGAACUACUACGCCAGCGCCGCAUCCAUGACGGUCAGACUGAAUACCUGGUCCGCUGGUGUCUGGUCACUGUUGAUGAUGGCACCGGCUCCAGAGGUGGAGCCAGUGAGGGGGGAGGGACGGGAGGCAGUAGUUCCAGAGUGGGCAGGUCUAGCAGCUCAACGUCAGGAGAGAGCAAAUCGCAGAACAUCUUGAUGUGGAUGUCAACAGAGGAUGUGUACGCCAACUGUCCUGCCUUGCUGGGCAAAAGGAAAACAGAGACACAGCGGCCACAGCAAAGUCAGGAGGAGGACUGCAUUGGUGAGGUGGUGGAUGGAGCCAGCCGGACUACUGACGAGUUUCCGCCUGAUGUUACCUUUGAUGAGGUGGAGCUGUCAGACAUGAAAGAAGAUGUAAAGAACUUAGUGCAACGUGCCAGGAAACAGAUGGCUAAAAAGAGUGACUUUUCCAUUAGUAUCACACACACCAUCCAUGUGCUCAGCGCCUAUGCCAGUAUCAGCUCACUGGUCGGUGUCUUCAAGGAGACUGGUGCCCUGAAUCUGCUAAUGGAACUUCUCUGCAACAAGGAGACACAGACCAGACGCAGUGCUGGAAAGAUGCUGCGAGCGCUGGCGUCUCAUGAUGCAGGUAGCCGUGCCUAUGUGCUUCUGUCUCUGAGCCAGCAGGAUGGCAUUGAGCAACAUAUGGACUUUGACAACCGCUACACUCUGUUGGAGUUAUUUGCUGAAACCACAUCUUCUGAGGAGCAUGGCAUCUCCUUUGAAGGGAUUCACCUUCCUCAGAUUCCUGGAAAGCUGCUGUUCUCUCUGGUCAAGCGUUAUUUGUGCGUUACCUCGUUGAUGGACAAGCUCAACACAGCCGGGGCAGAUGCUAGUUUUGACAGACAAGAUGCAAGUCUGUCCACUUCCAGCGCCACCCACCAAACUGAGCACCUUCGCAUUCAACGGGAAUGUGAUUUCACCAUGGCGAUGGCCAAUCUGAUCUCAGAGCUUGUCCGGGUGAUGGGUUGGGACCGUCUUCGGCUGCCUCCUGGCAUCUCUCUCCAGCACGGAGCCUGUGGAGAAGAACAAGGGGAGGUUUUCCACCCCACCCUGAGGUCCAUUUUCCAACCCCGGUUCUGUACUUCAUCUGUUGCCCUCUCCAACAAUUCAGCUGUCACUAUUCCUGCUGUUGCACCACCAAAGAAAAAGAUGGAGAAUGGGUUCAAAACCCGCUCAGACUUUAUCAGCCGGUCUGCCUAUGUGGAAUAUGUACAGGACAAUUUGAAGAAUGGCAUGAUAGUCCGCAUGCUGGAGGACUAUGAAGAGGUGAAUGCGGGAUAUGAAGGCGAGUUCUGUUAUAGCAACGAUGGGUCGCCGCCUGUUCAGGUGUACUGGAACUCACUGUCCAGAACAUACUGGGUUCAUUGGCACAUGGUCGAGAUCGUGGGCAACAGUGGCAGCAGCCACACUGAGAACACUCAGGUGAAGGUGUCAUCUUUAAGUGGACCUCUAAAACUCGCUGAUGUGAGCCAGACUUUCUUCUUGAAGCCCCCUGGUGGUUUGUACUCGCUCCCGUACCUGCCAGAGGGUGCACAGGAGGGACCGACCACUCUCAACCGGGCUGAGUGGUGGGAGAUCCUCUUCUUUAUCAAGAAACUGGAGUUGAAACAGCAGCAGGAGGUUAACGGCAUCCUGCUCCAGAGCCUGACUGACCAGGGGUCGGAGCUGGAUGACUUGGCUCUAAUUAGCCUUUCAGUUCCAGUACAUGUUGCAAAGAAGCUUCUUCACUUCUUGAAACAGAAGUUGCCUUCAAGCUGCUUGAAUGACCUGCUGUGUUCCCACACCUUCUCCAAGCACUACCUGCAAAAAGGAGGGGGAGGUCUAGAGGAUGAAGAGAUGCUUGCUGAAGGCUAUGUGGGGGGAGGAGGACCUGCUUCUUCUCUAGCUGUGGGUUUUGUUUCUAAAAAAGCCAAGAAAGACCUGCCGGCAGACUCUGGCUAUGGCAUUUCGGAGACGGAGUGUGAGCUGCCUGCUGAGGAUGGCAGCAAAUACCCUGAAGACCUUGAUGACAAGAUGAAAAUUUUCAACCAUCCACGGCUCCAAGGAAAGAAGACCAUGCUGGAAAAGAUUGGUGAAGUGGUGGACAUCCUGAAGAAGAGUUGCUGCAGUUCUAAUCUGACUCAGCAGCUGGCUGCUGUCCUCUUCAUCACCAGACUCCUGGAGGAGGAUGCACCCCAAGAGAAGACCAACACUCGGAUAGAUUCUGCUCAGAUCAUUCGGGAAAAAGUGCUGAAGCUACUGGUGGAGCUUCUUUGCUCUUCAUCAAAAGAUGUUGUGAUCAGCACUUUGCGGCUGACACACCUCCUCAUGGCUCGAUAUGAGUGGAGGGUUUCUUUUGCGACUGAGGGAGGAGUCAAGGCCAUCCUAUCCUGCAUGCAGAAUUUCUCGUCAGACACAAGUGUGCAGCAGCUGGCGCUGGCGGCUCUGAAAGUCAUCACUGGAGCCAGCAAACAUGACCUUCACAGCAUUAGCAGCAGUCCUCCACUCACAGAUGCUGGGACACAAAUGAUGUUGGAAAUUUUUGCAAGCAUCGGCUCGGCCACACCAGAGGGCUCCAGAGGCCUUCUGGGUGCCAUACCUGCUGCCAUCGAGCUCAUGCUGCAGACCAAAGGCUGUGUGCCGUCAGUUCGUAAUGGCCUCUUGAUUGUCAUCACGCUGAUCAGCAACCAUAAGAGUCUGGCAGAACAGCUGGUGGCGUGUGGCAUCGACGCCCUUUUGAAAAAGUGUUUGUUGCGUUGUGAAAAAGUGUCUUUGUCCAGAACAGAGACUAUGCUGGCCAUCAUUGCCCUCAACCACAUCUCUUCAUUUACCAACCUGGACAGGACAGGGCUGCUGGACCUUAAGAACACAGAACUGGAGGUGUUGGUAGUUGGUCUGAAGGAGCUAACAGCUACCAAAGAAGUGAUUUUGACCUUGGAAAAGGUGCUGUGUGAUGAUGCAUCCCAGCUGGAGGUGGAGCGUAGCCAAGUGACUUAUAGCCGUGACGCUUACCAGGACUUGGUUCAGUUGAUGGAGCAGCACCGGGCCGACCGUGUUGUGCAGGUCUCAAUCCUCAGGAUCCUGAAUAAGUUCCUGGAUUAUUACCAAGAGGACCUCCUGCCGUGGCAUGAAAGCGUCGAGCCCUGCUUGUCCUCCAUGAUGGCCUUUAUCAACGAUAGAGAGGUUGUCCAGCUGUUCGUAGGUUUCCUGUAUCGGCUGGCAUCUUUAAAUAAAGACUAUGCAGUUGUGAUGUGCCGUCUGGGAGCCAAAGACACUCUGGUAAAAGUUUUGGACAAGCACAGCACCAAUCUUCUUAUGGUAACUGAGCUCAGAGACCUUAUCACCGACUGUGAGAAGUAUGCCAGCCUCUAUAAGAAGAUGACCACCAGCGUCCUGGCAGGCUGCAUUCAGAUGGUGUUGGGUCAGAUAGAAGAGCAUCGCCGCAGCCAUCAGCCUAUCAACAUCCCUUUCUUUGACAUUUUCCUCAAGAAUCUGUGCCAAGGUUCCAGUGUGGAGCUGAAGGAGGAUAAAUGCUGGGAGAAGGUUGAGGUUUCUUCCAACCACCAUCGAGCUAAUAAAUUGACUGAUAAGAAUCCCAAAACCUACUGGGAGUCAAACGGUUGCACCGGAUCACACUACAUCAACAUCCACAUGCACAAGGGUGUCAUCAUCAGACAACUAGUUAUCCUGGUGGCCAGCGAAGACUCAAGCUACAUGCCGGCUCGAAUUCUGGUUCUGGGUGGAGACGACCCUGCUAACAUCAACACUGAGCUCAACACGGUGAACGUGACCCCAUCAGCGAGUCGGGUAGUUCUGUUGGAGAACAUGACGAGAUUUUGGUCCGUCCUUCAGAUCAGGAUUAAGCGAUGUCAGCAGGGCGGUAUUGAUACGAGAGUACACGGGUUUGAGGUUUUGGGACCAAAGCCUACAUUCUGGCCUGUGUUCAAAGAGCAACUGUGCUGCAGAACCCACUUGUUCUACAGCACCAAGGCCUACACCUGGUGCCAGGAAAUGCUGGAGGACAAGAGCCAGCUUCUGCAGCUUUUUAACAAACUGAACAGCGCUCUCAGACAUGAGCAGAUGUUUGCUGAUCGUUUCCUUCCGGAUGCGGAGGCAUCUGAAGCCCUUGGCCGGACGUGCUGGGAGGCACUGAUCACACCCAUUGUGCACAGCAUCACACUGUCAGAGUUCCCAGGACCCAGCUCUCUGUUUUGGCUCCUCAGUGAGUACCUGGACAACACCGAGUCUGCUCGCAAGUUAAAAAGCCGGGCUUCAAUCUUCAACUCCCGUGUCAGGCGUCUCACACACCUCCUGGUGCACGUGGACACAAGUUGGACAGACACUGAGGAGCUCAAACCGCCUGUGAAAUUAAGUAAAGAUGGUAAAAAUAAAGAUGCUGCCACUGCUUCAUCCUCCUCGUCGUCCUCCUCAGUAAAGCCCAAAAUGAAGAAGAGCAGCAGCAUUGCAGGCAUCGCCUCCUGUUGGCAGAGAGUGGUACACCAUCAGGUGAAGAAGUUUCUGGAGUCGAGUUGCAGCCUGCCAGACUUUGUGGAAUGUUAUGGGACUCUGUAUUUGCGUCUGAAGAAAGCUAUGGAGGAGCUGUUUGGACAGAGGACUGCUUUUGUCCUUGCCCUCCAUCACGGCUUCUCUGCUGCCCUGUUGCAGCUUUCCAUCGUCAGAGCCAUGCAUGUGAGUGAACAUUUUGCCAAGUACAUUGACCAGAUGAUUCAGGCCAGUAGCUCAGCAACUGCCAGCAUAGAGACUCUGGAGGGAUUGCAGAAGUUCCUAGAGCCAAUGCUAUUCCUGUCAGGUCUGGAGCUUGCCAAUACCUUUGAACAUUUCUACAGGCACUACCUGGGUGACCGGCUGCUGGCUCGGAGUAAUGUGUGGUUGGAGAGUGCAGUGAUUGAUCAAAUUGGCAGCUGCUUCCCAGGUCGCUUUCCGCAGCAGAUGCUGAAGAACCUUGGAGAAUCAGCUGAGCUACAGCAGGAGUUUCACUUGUACCGCCUGCAGCAGCUGGAUCGAAACCUCCAAGAGUACGAGCAGUUGUUGGAGGAGGAGUGCUUGCAGUCUCUGGAAGAUUCAGAGGUCCAGGUUUUGGUUCUCUCUCCACGAUGCUGGGUCGUCUCCUCCCUGUGUUUUCUUGAUGACCCUGGAAAAUGCUUUCCCCCUGAACUGUGCUCCUACCUGAACCAUUUCACCCAGUUCUACAUGCACAGUCAGUCCAUGUACGGCUGGAGUCGCACAAAGCCUCGGCGGUUGCAGUGGACAUGGCUUGGGCACGCUGAUGUGCAGUUUGGGUGCUGGACACUACAUGUCUCCACACUCCAGAUGUUCAUUCUCAUGCAGUUCAACACACACAAGGAGGUCAGACUUGAGUAUCUGAUGCAAGCAACUGGACUAUCCUCUCCUGUGCUGCUGCAUGCUUUGCUGCCACUGAUGAGCCAAGGAGGGCCAUUGACCUGCAGCAAAACGGACAACCCUGAACAUGGUGUGUGGCACGUGAAUCAGCAGAUGGUGUCCUGCAUUGUAGAAGGGACCAACACAUCCAUCCGCUUACUGCCAAAACAGACAUAUCUGAAUGUAGACGAGGAUGCCACCAGCACCCUGGAGAGAAAAAGGAACUACAUCUACUGCCUCAUUGUCCACAUUAUGAAGCAGGAGAAGCAGAUGCACAUUGACAAUCUUGUCUUCAAGGUUCUGGAGUCAUGUCAAAAACAGCAGGGGUCCCGACCAAUGAGUACUGGCCGUUUCAGCUGCAGCACUGGUGAUGUGCUGUCCUGCAUCAUGCAUGUCAUCACCAAAGGUUGUGUCCAUCGUAAUGAGGACAACCCUCAUAUUGUGGAAUUUGUUCCCGAGGAACCAUCCACACCACAGAAGGGUCAGGCACAGUUCUCCUUCACCACGACAGAGUUCGGGAAGGAGGCUAAGGUUGAGAGCAGGGCCAACAAUAGCCUGGUGGUGGCACCACAGCAAUUUGAAUAUGGCAUUUUGGAUGCUUUUCUGUUCUCAAUGGGUCGGACAAUGACGCAGGAGGAAGUUCAUCAGCUGAUGCAGUGGACAAUCCAGCAGGUGUCUGGGACUCUGAGUCUGGACAUGGACUGGGCAGAACACUUGCUGAUUCAUUGUAAAUGGAACACUGAUCUCUUGGUGCAGCAGUACACUGAUGACCCAGAUGCCCUCAUUAUCGCUGCUGGACUCAAGUGUCGAAACCCACAGUCCCCUUCAAGCCUGGUGUCCACGUGCCCCGUCUGCCUCGGACCCAGCACGGCUUCCACAGAGCCCAUUCAGUCUCUGAGCUGCAUGCACUACUGCUGCAGGUCAUGCUGGCAGAAGUACCUGACCACAAGGAUAGAACAGAAUCUGGUGAUGAACUGUAAGUGUCCAAUCACCGACUGUAGAGCUCAGCCCACCUCAAAGUUCUUCUUCAGCAUCCUCACAGACAAGGACACAGUCACCAAGUAUGAAAAUGCCUUGCUCCGGGGGUAUGUGGCAUGCUGCUCCAACCUGGCGUGGUGCACCAAUCCUCAGGGCUGUGACCAGAUCCUCUGCAAGGAGAACAUUGGCAGUAUUGGAACCUGCUCAAAAUGCUGCUGGUCAUCCUGCUUUAACUGCAACUUUCCCGAGGCACACUACCCAGCGAGCUGCAGCCACAUGUCACAGUGGAUGGAUGAUGGAGGCUUCUAUGAAGGGAUGAGUGUGGAAGCUCAAAGCAAACACCUCGCUAAGCUGAUCUCCAAGCGCUGCCCCAGCUGCCACGCUCAGAUUGAGAAGAAUGAAGGCUGUCUGCAUAUGACCUGUGCCAAGUGCAACCACGGUUUCUGCUGGCGGUGUCUAAAACCAUGGAAACCAACACACAAAGAUUACUACAACUGUUCUGCCAUGGUGAGUAAAGCAGCACGGCAGGAGAAGAAGUUCCAGGAUUACAAUGAGAGAUGCACCUUCCAACACCAGGCCAAGGACUUUGCCCUGUCUCUGGAAAAUAAAGUGUCGUCUAUCAACGAGGCUCUGCAGAUGAAGUCUCUGACUUUUGUCAUCGAUGCCUGUAAAGGGCUUGCUCGGGCUCGGAAGGUGCUUGCCUAUUCCUGUGUCUACAGCUAUUACAACCAGGAGACCGAAAAGACUGAUGUGUUGGAGCAGCAGACUGAUGCUCUGGACCUGAAUACAAAUGCUCUACAGAUCCUGUUGGAGGAAACUCUGCUGCAGUGCACUGAUUUGGCUUCAUGUGUCCGGCUGCUGAAACCUGAACACCUCAACACUGGUCUGGAACUGAUCAGACGCAUCCAGGAGCGCAUGUUAGCCAUCUUGCAACACUCCACACAGGACUUCAGAGUGGGUUAUCAGUCCAAAAGCAACCAGGAACCAGAGUCAACACAGACCUCCAAUCUCUCCAGUCACACAGAUGCCAACAAAGUGUCCAAGUCAAAUCAAGCAUCAGACUCUGAAGACUCGGACAACAACAAUUACACAGGUGAGGACGGUGCUGAGGAAGUGGAUGACGACGACGAUGAGUACGAUGAGGAAUACGUCCCUGAGUGGCACGAGGACUAUGAUGAGGAUGAUAUUGAUGAUGAUUUCUUCUCUGAUGAUGAUGAUGAGUCUGAGAACUUUAGUCCUUAUGACUGAGAGUUCCACAGUCAGCAGUCAACAUUGAAGGUGUCUUAUGUCCUCAAGACUCUAAAUACAUCACACAGUUAAAUGAUGAACAUUAGGCGCAGUAUGUGGCAAAAUAUUCUGCCCACCUAAUUUAACACAAAUUACACAGUCAACAAAUAAAACUGGCCUGACUUGUCACCAGAGGUCACAAUUACAGAAAAAUCAAAGUUUGGAUUUGAAAAAGCCAUUUAAUCAAAAAUGUUUCAAAUGAGAAAAUAUUGAAGAACUGAUUGAACAAUUUGCCACUUGAGGUUUUCAGCGCUGAAUCUUGCCAACCAAGAUGGUGAUUAUUUCAUCGUCUUGAUCCCUUCUGUUUCCCCUGCAAGCUCAAGGGUCAGCACAAGGACCUGCGAACAAACUGAUUCCUGAGUUGAACAGAACUAAUAGAAAAGUUAAAAAUUCUGGCUCUAAUUCAUUGUUUUGGUGAAUAAUUUGAGUCCAGAUUUAAACGCAUCAUUCAAUAAAUGCAUCAUCAUACCACCUGCCAACAAAAAGGCCUAUUUUCACUCCAACCAAUGGCACCCACCCACCACCCGAACCUUGUAGGUCUGACUUUGGUCCGCCUGUUUUGGGGUUUUACUGAAUUUGACUUCUUUGUAUGAAGUGCAUCAACUUCCUUUUUGUUUUGCUGUCAUUUAUAUCUGACAGCAAUUAAAUAUUAGUUUCAAAGAAAGUUGGCAAUCAGUUGCAGAACAAACCUUUUGAAUGAACCAAAUUUGGGAAUUUGUAAUCCAGAUUAUCAUAUCAGCAUUAUUUGUGUUUUUGUGUGUGUUCAUUUCUUAUUUUGCCUUAUUUUUCUAAUGGCAGUUGCCUUGACUUGAGACCAAGGAAAAUGUUAAUAGAAAUGAUUAAAAUUUCUCUUUUUGCUAAUGAUUCAGUUGAUUUUUUUUUUUUUUUUACCUGUGAGAUUUUUUUGAACAGUUGGGCGUUUCUUUGAGUCUGAAAGCUGAUGCUGCUGUGAUUGAAUCAACAAACUUUAACUCUGAAGCAGAAAAUCUGUUGUUGCUACUGAUUCUUGCUUUGUUGCCAUGUUCAGAUGUCCUCUGGUUUAUGUGUUGUCUUUGAGACUGUUCACAAAGUUUGAGGACUACAGACUUGUGAAAUGCAAACUCACAUGAUGCUCUCACUUACUGUUUGUUUGAAUUUUGAAAUCCUAUAUUCAUAUUGCUGAUAAAGAUUUAUUUGAGUGACUUCAGCCAGCAAAAUAAAAGGUUUUACUGCA